UGCUUUUUUAUUUGCUGGGAUGGGGAUUGUGGGCACUUCGGCAUUUUUCACCCACCCAGAGAUUUAAAUCCAUAGAAGGGACAUUGAGAUUUGGUCUGAGUUGGAGGUUCUUUCCUUUGAGUUAGGAUUUCUCAUCAGCAUCUCUCUAUUUCCAUUUCUUCAAUCAGAAGGAUGGCCUUAGAAGCAGCAGCUGGAGCAGCAGUGGAAACAACAGUGACUGAGGUAUAUAGAGAUGGGCGAAGCUUAUUAAUUUGGUCUGGUCGUAAAUUUGGUUAUCGGAAGAAUCUAAAAAGAAACCAUGAAGAUUUAAUGCAGAAAGCUAGAGAGCUUUGGGAACUGAGAAAUGGCAUAAGGGAAGGAAUAAGCCAAAAUAGAAUCAGGCCAGACACAACAGAAUGGAUGGCUAACGUGGAGAUGAAUGAAAGUGAAGUGAUAGAACUAGACACCAAAUACAAUGAUAGAAAAAAUCACCCAUGGAAAUUGUUUCGUUUUGGGAAGGGUGCUAGUCUUAGCAAAGACAUGGCUGAGAAGUACAAGCAAGUUCUUAGUCUUUGGGAAGAGGGAAAACGUAAAAGAGGAGUGUUGGAUGCGGAACUGCCAAAGCGUGUCGUGGGAAUAUGUCCAGCCAAAAUAGAAUAUAAAUCACCACUGCACAAACAUGUAGAAGGAGCAGUGCAUUUUCUAGAGGAUCCUGAAAUAAAAAGAAUAGGAAUCUGGGGAAUGGUGGGAACCGGGAAGACCACAAUAAUUGAAAACUUGAACACUCAUGACAAUAUUAACAAAAUGUUUGAUAUUGUCAUUCGGGUAACUGUCCCAAAGGAGUGGAGCGAGGUAGGGUUGCAACAGAAAAUCAUGCGUCGGCUAAAUUUGAAUAUGGGAGGCCCUACUGACAUUGAGGAAAAUACACAGAUAAUAUUCGAAGAGUUGAAGAAAAAGAAGUGUUUGAUUCUUUUAGAUGAAGUUUGUCAUCCUAUUGAGUUAAAAAAUGUAAUUGGAAUCCAUGGCAUCCAAGACUGCAAGGUGGUGUUGGCAAGUAGAGACCUAGGCAUUUGUAGGGAGAUGGAUGUUGAUGAGACAAUCAAUGUGAAACCAUUGUCAUCAGAUGAAGCUUUCAACAUGUUCAAGGAAAAAGUAGGCGAGUUUAUUUAUAGCACCCCAAGAGUUUUACAAGUGGGCCAGCUGGUGGUUAGAGAGUGUGGGGGUUUGCCACUACUGAUAGACAAAUUUGCAAAAACCUUCAAAAGGAUGGGGGGGAAUGUUCAGCAUUGGAGGGAUGCACAGGGAAGUUUGCGAAAUUCGAUGAAUAAAGAAGGAAUGGAUGCAGUACUUGAACGUCUCGAGUUUUGCUAUAAUAGUUUGGAUAGUGAUGCAAAGAAGGAUUGUUUUCUGUAUUGUGCAUUAUAUUCUGAAGAAUGUGAGAUUUAUAUACGUUGUUUGGUAGAAUAUUGGAGAGUAGAAGGUUUUAUUGAUAAUAAUGGGCAUGAAAUAUUGAGUCAUCUUAUCAAUGUCUCAUUGUUAGAGAGCAGUGGGAACAAGAAAAACGUUAAGAUGAACAAAGUGCUUCGGGAAAUGGCCUUAAAAAUAUUAUCAGAAACUGAACAUUUGAGAUUUUUGGCAAAGCCCCGUGAGGGGUUGCAUGAGCCGCCAAAUCCUGAAGAAUGGCAACAAGCAAGUCGCAUCUCUUUGAUGGAUAACGAACUGCACAGUUUACCAGAAACUCCAGACUGUCGUGAUCUUGUAACAUUGUUACUUCAAAGGUAUAAGAACUUGGUUGCCAUUCCUGAGUUAUUCUUUACAUCAAUGUGUUGUCUUCGAGUUCUGGAUUUGCAUGGCACUGGCAUCAAAUCAUUACCUUCAUCUCUAUGCAACUUGAUUGUUCUUAGAGGGCUUUAUCUGAAUUCCUGCAACCAUUUGGUAGGACUACCAACUGACAUAGAAGCACUUAAGCAACUUGAGGUGCUUGAUAUCCGAGGGACUAAACUCAAUUUAUGUCAAAUUAGAACUUUAGCCUGGUUGAAGUUCUUACGAAUAUCAUUGUCUAAUUUUGGCAAGGGAAGCCAUACACAGAAUCAAUCAGGAUAUGUUUCAAGCUUUGUUUCCUUGGAAGAGUUCCGUAUUGACAUUGAUUCGUCCUUGCAAUGGUGUGCUGGGAACGGAAAUAUUAUUACGGAGGAGGUGGCUACCUUGAAAAAGUUGACUUCUCUUCAAUUUUGCUUCCCAACAGUGCAGUGCCUUGAGAUCUUUAUCAGGAACAGCUCAGCAUGGAAAGAUUUCUUUAACGGGACCAGCCCAGCAAGGGAAGAUCUCUCUUUCACAUUCCAAUUUGCUGUUGGCUAUCAUAGCUUAACCUGCUUUCAAAUUCUUGAGUCUUUUGAUGAUCCAAGCUACAAUUGUCUGGAAGUCAUCAAUGGCGAAGGCAUGAAUCCUGUAAUCUUGAAGGUACUUGCAAAAACUCAUGCAUUUAGACUAAUUAACCACAAGGGAGUUUCAAGGCUAUCAGAUUUUGGUAUCGAGAACAUGAAUGAUCUCUUUAUUUGUUCAAUUGAAGGAUGCAAUGAAAUUGAAACCAUCAUCAAUGGUACUGGAAUAACAAAAGGCGUAUUGGAAUACUUGCGACAUUUGCAGGUAAACAAUGUCUUGGAAUUGGAGAGCAUUUGGCAGGGCCCUGUUCAUGCUGGAAGUUUGACUCGUCUCAGGACUCUAACCUUAGUUAAAUGUCCACAGCUGAAGAGGAUAUUCUCUAAUGGCAUGAUUCAGCAGCUUUCUAAGCUGGAGGACUUGAGAGUUGAAGAAUGUGACCAAAUUGAAGAGAUAAUAAUGGAAUCGGAGAACAAUGGGUUAGAAUCCAACCAGCUUCCAAGACUGAAGACCCUAACACUCCUUAAUCUCAAAACACUGACAAGCAUUUGGGGUGGUGAUCCACUGGAGUGGCGAUCUUUACAAGUGAUUGAAAUAUCUAAGUGUCCCAAGUUGAAGAGAUUGCCUUUCAACAAUGACAAUGCAACCAAAUUGAGAAGCAUCAAAGGCCAGCGGGAGUGGUGGGAAGCACUAGAAUGGAAAGACGAUGCUGCCAUUGAACAGAGACUAGAGUCUCUUUGCAUCUUAAACUAGCUCCUCGGAUUUCUGUGCAGCAGUGUCAUUUUAAAGCUGAUUGCGAUGGAUGCUGCCUGAGCCUAAGGUUUGUGUGUGGGAUUCAAAAACUGGGCCAUGUAUUUGUUUAAUUAAUAUAUCCUCUCUUGUUUGAACAUAUCUGUCCAAAACUUGCUACCGAGGUUUGUAUUUGUUUGAGAUUUGCUUUCUUGGUUUUUAUUUGUUUGAGACUAGUUGUGUGAGAUGUGCUACUUCGGGUUGUAUUUUUUUCGAGUCUAAGAUUUGUUUAUAUAUCCAUGCAUAUUGAGUGUAUUUUUAGCUGCCAAAAGGUAAAUCUUA